ACUCAAAGAGUGUCAGCCGGCUUCUCGGAGCUGGGCGUCGGUAGGAUGUCAACUCAGGACUCUGCUUCAGAGUAGGUCCACAGUCCAGAGUGCAGACGAGGAGGAUGGAGGUGGUGGAGGAUGCAGAGCCGCAGCACCGUGUCGUAGUCAUGUGGCAGUGAGCGUGGAUCGUAACGAGCGGUGUCGUGAAUCGUCCGUUUUCUCAAGUCGGCACGAGGGUUGCAGAAAAUUGACUGUGAUGUUAACAACAUUGCCGCCGAGAUUGUACCUCCGAUGCCCGAGGGUUGCUGUGAGUAUCAUUCAAGCUCUGAUAUGUUUCAAGUCAAUGAUUACUCGGUGAUGGAGUUUUCUCUCCUCUGCCUGCUGUGAGUUCAUUACGUUACUCCUGGAGCUAGUUGUCGAGGUCCGCAUAAUCAGCAGUGCAGUGUGCUCUGGCUGUUUCUGUCUGCUGCUUGGAAUCCGAGUAGAGACUCGUUUCAUCACCUCCACUGGAAACUCCAUCGUUCCAGGCGGUGCUCCUGGUACCGAAUUUGGUGUGUGACAAGAGGACAGCGAUGUAGACGAAAUGGGUGUCCGACUCAGAGUUGGAACCAGGAGAGGCUCGAGAGUGUAUCGCAGUCGUUGGUGAUUUGGUAGGUGGCUCAAGAUGUACAAGUUUGAUAUUAUAGAUUGGAUGAUCGGAAGGUAGGCUGCGCGUAGUGGACUGUGGAGACCAGACCACAUGACUGCAGAGAGAUCCUCGAGCGCAGUAGAAGCAAAUCACUUCAGCUCACUUCACUUCAACCAACAUCACAUCACAGGACCUGGCGAGAACCGUGUCGACUGACCUGGCCUGGCCCGAUCUCGCGAAGUCGGUCGGGAGAAACUUUCUCUCGUUGUCAGUACUCCUCGUCACUCUGUAGUCUGGAGGAGUCCAGGCAGUGCACUUCAUGCACCGAGCGAUGCGACGACUGAACCUUUGCUGCGCUUGGAUUACGUCAGCUCAUAAGUACGCUACCUUCCACUCUUGAUUCUGAACUUCUCAUUCUUGAAGCAUGUUCGUGCACGCCCGUCCGCCCGCCAGGUCAUCACGCUGCAAUGUCCGAGUUCAUGACGAUCACAAUCUCUGAGGCCGGGUAAACCCAUGCAGUUCCGUUCAGCUCGAUUCCUUGCGAUGGCCAUUCUACUCAAACCGGUGAAAACAUCACAUUCAGCCUGGAAACCAAGACCAGUUACUUACAGCCCCUACCAAUGCAUCGUACCUUUAAAAUUGUGCCUUGCUGUCGCUAGCUACGAGAAUCGAUGGAAUUUCCUACAAACAAGAGAGUUCGAAGGCAGUGAAACGAAUGAAAAGAAAUAAGAGCGGUGUAAGGAACAAGUGAGAGCUUCAGGGAAUGCGUACAGUCGAUUGUAGGAACAUUGUACAUGUGGACGAAGCUGAGAAACUCCGCUUGUAAAAGAAGCAAGCUUUC